UAAUAAUAAUAAUUAUUAUUACCUUAUAAUUUGUAUAACUUCUAAUUUAAAAUUCUAUUUAGCUUAAAAUUCAGCGUGAAGUGGAUUUUCAUGAGAAUAUUAUUCGUUUCUGUGGUAUUACAAUAGAAAAUCAAGUUGAUAAUUCAAAAAAAUAUUGGUUGGUAAUGGAAUAUGCAGAUGGAGGUACUCUUCGAGAAUAUUUGAAAGAACAUUUUGAUAAUCUUACUUGGAAUAAUAAAUUUAAUAUGGCACUUCAGUUUGCUUGUGCUAUAUUAUGCUUACACGAUGAAGGAAUUAUUCACCGUGAUCUGCAUUCUAAAAAUGUAUUAGUUCAUCAAAAUAUGGUUAAAUUAGCUGAUUUUGGUCUAUCAAAAAGAAUUGAAGAAUCAUCCAACCUUCAAUCUUCAACGAAAUUAUUUGGAGUAAUUCCUUAUAUUGACCCAAAAAGUUUUAGUAAUCAAGAUUAUAAAUUAAAUAAAAAAAGUGAUAUUUAUAGUAUUGGAAUACUUUUAUGGGAGAUAUCUAGUGGCAAUCCUCCUUUUUAUACUGAAGGUAAACCGUAUGACGUUUGUUUAGCAAUUAAUAUAUCACAAGGCCUUAGAGAGACACCAAUUCCCGAUACACCCGAAGAUUAUGUGAAUAUUUAUACUGAUUGUUGGAAUAAUGAACCAGAUAAUCGUCCAACUAUCAAUCAGGUGGUCUUUAAAUUAAAUGCAAUUAUUCUGAAGAAUAAUAAUAACAUGAUUAUAAAAGAUUUUCGGACAAAUGAUUCUUAUACAAACCAAUUAUCCAGUAAACAACAAAUCGAUUUGAAUGCUUUUGAAGAUCCUAUAAAUAAUCCAUCACAUGGGGAAUUAUCCAAAUUUAUUCAAGAGUUUAACAAGAUGAAUACUAAAGAAAUAGAUUCUUCAAUAUCAUCAAAUAAUAACUUUAAGGUGACGGUUGAUGAAAUGGUUGAACUUUCUAAUAAGGCAAGCGUAGAAGCGGAAGAAUUAGAUAGACUAUGUAUUUAUAAUUAUCUUAAUAAUCAUAAUAUGACUUCACAGGAAAUUUAUAUUUGGUUAUUAAAUAAUCAAAAUUAUUCAAAUUCUAUUGUUUUACUUGGAGAUUUUAAUUAUUUAGGAAUUGAAAUUAAUAUUGAUCAAAAAAAGGGCAUUUGAAUUAUAUUAGGUAGCUGCAAAUUCAGGAAAUAUUAUAGCACAAUAUAAUCUUGGUUGCUGUUAUCUAUAUGAGUAUGGUGUUUAUAAAAAUUAUGAUAGAGCUUUUGAAUUAUUUAAAAAAUUAGCUGAAAGAGAAUAUUCAAAUGGAAUAAA